AUGCGGUAUUCGAUUGCUGGAUCGCUAUUAUGCUGCGCCGCUGCAGUGCAAGCGUUUAAAGAUACAUCACCUUUCUUUUUAUUCUCAUCAUCGGAAUUACCUUCUUCGAUGCAAAUUGAGAGUCAAGAAUUAGAUACCACGACAUCAGUCCUUCAGAAUGCCAAGAACUUCCUUUCGACUUGCCCCUCUGAUGUCUACAUUAUUAUCCAACAAGAUGCACUCGCCGCCUCUGACUUCUCGGCCCCAGAAUCCGUUCCUCAUAUGAAAGCCGCUAUUGCCGAUUCGAGAGUUCGAGCUACUUAUAGCGUUAUGGAUGUCAUGCACGAAGAUGGAAAUCUGGCUGGCGAAUUAGCAGAAUAUAUUGAGAAGACAUGCGGCCAGAAAGUCGAACGACGUGGAAAUGUUGGUUAUGAGUCUACUGAUGGAACUGGAAACGGUGUCAUUGUAUCACACUUCGACGCAUUGUCGACUGAGAAAGCAGCAAGAGCUGAGGAAUUCAAUGACCAAGAUUACAUGCUCAACAAUGUUUACUACCAACAUCUCGCCACUGGUCCAGAAUACACCGUCAUUUUUACCACCACACCUGUUGGCUCUGUUCUCGAACAACACAAUUCCGAAUUACCAAUUUAUAAUGCGGAGUUUGACUCCACUUCCCAUAUCGAUUUGAAGCGAGAUUUCAGAAUCAGAGCAGACAAUUCAACCACGGAACCAGAUCGUAGACCACUAUUCGAGAAAUAUCAAUACUUCACUCCUGGUAUUUUCAUGGGUUUGGUGGUUGGCAUCCUCCUUCUUAGUAUCUUGUACGUGGGAUUGAACGCAGUAUCCAGUCUUCAAGUUUCAUAUGGAGCAUUUGAUAAGGAGAUGGGACCAUCUGCGCAAAAGAAACAGCAGUAA